CUGAGCUGCGGCGGCCGCCGGGUGGACGGUAUUCGGGGCUGCCUAGACCUGGGGGCGCCGCCAGGUGUUCGGGGUUUUGGGUCUGGCCGCGAUCAGACCCAGAGGGCACCCAGAGAGAGUUAAGCCUUCGUGGCUUCUGAACAAGAUGGCAGAAACAUCGCCAGAGCCUUCUGGGCAGCUUGUUGUACACUCAGACACUCAUAGUGACACUGUCCUGGCCAGUUUUGAGGACCAGAGGAAGAAAGGCUUUCUCUGUGACAUUACUUUAAUCGUGGAGAAUGUGCAUUUCCGAGCCCACAAAGCCCUACUUGCUGCCAGUAGCGAAUAUUUCUCCGUGAUGUUUGCGGAGGAAGGGGAGAUUGGGCAGUCCAUUUACAUGCUGGAGGGCCUGGUGGCAGACACCUUUGGUAACCUGCUGGACUUCAUCUACACAGGUUAUCUCCAUGCCAGUGAGAAAAGUACAGAACAAAUCCUGGCUACUGCUCAAUUCUUAAAAGUCUAUGACCUGGUUAAGGCUUACACAGACUUCCAGAAUAAUCAUGGCUUCUCAAAGCCAACAACUUUGAACAGUGCCGGCACUCCAGUGGUUGUUAUUUCUAACAAGAAAAAUGAUCCUCCAAAGCGGAAACGGGGAAGACCAAGAAAAGUUAAUAGUUUGCAGGAGGGGAAAUCAAACCUGAGAUCAGAAGAAGAAAUGCAGCUAAGAGUGAACCAUUCGGUUCAGAAUAGACAAAACUUUGUGGCCAAAGAAGGAGACAGUGUUGUAGUGAAUGAAGAGAUUCCAGCAAAAGAAAAAGAAUCCGAGCCUGCUUGUGAGUCCGAUAGAGUGGAGGAGAUACCAGCUGAAAAAGAUGAGAACUGUGACCCCAAGACCCAGGAUGGGCAGGACAGCCAGAGUCGGUACAGCAAGCGCAGGAUUCAGAGGUCUGUCAAACUUAAAGACUACAAACUUGUUGGGGAUGAGGAUGAUCAGAGUUCAGCCAAGCAGAUGUGUGGAAGGAGAAAGUGCCCCAGGGGUCCCGAAGCUCGUUGUAAAGACUGUGGCAAAGUCUUUAAGUACAAUCACUUUUUAGCGAUCCACCAGAGGAGCCAUACCGGGGAGCGACCCUUCAAAUGCACCGAGUGUGGAAAAGGCUUUGCACAGAAACACUCCCUGCAGGUCCACACCAGGAUGCACACAGGCGAGCGGCCGUAUACCUGCACCGUGUGCAGCAAGGCUCUGACCACAAAACACUCGCUGCUGGAGCACAUGAGCCUGCACUCAGCAGGACAGAAGUCUUUUACCUGUGAUCAGUGUGGAAAGUAUUUCAGCCAGAAAAGACAACUGAAGAGCCAUUACCGAGUUCAUACAGGCCACUCAUUGCCGGAAUGCAACCACUGCCAUCGCAAAUUCAUGGAUGUGUCUCAGCUAAAGAAACAUCUACGAACGCACACAGGUGAGAAGCCAUUUACUUGUGAAAUCUGUGGCAAAUCUUUCACAGCGAAGAGUUCUCUUCAGACCCACAUCAGAAUUCAUCGAGGAGAAAAGCCAUAUUCUUGCAGCAUAUGUGGCAAAUCCUUCUCUGACUCCAGUGCCAAGAGGAGACACUGCAUUCUCCACACGGGCAAAAAGCCUUUUUCCUGCCCUGAGUGUAGCUUACAGUUUGCUCGCCUGGACAACUUGAAAGCCCACUUGAAAAUCCACAGCAAGGAGAAACACACAUCAGAUGCCAGCAGCGUUUCCGGCAGUAGCAAUGCUGAAGAGGUCAGAAAUAUUCUUCAGCUACAGCCCUACCAGCUCUCUACUUCUGGAGAGCAGGAGAUUCAGCUUCUCGUAACUGAUUCUGUGCAUAACAUCAAUUUCAUGCCAGGGCCUACCCAGGGAAUCAGCAUUGUGGCUGCUGAGAGUUCCCAGAACAUGACCUCAGACCAGGCUGCCAAUCUCACCCUGCUCACGCAGCAGCCAGGGCAACUGCAGAAUUUAAUUCUUUCAGCUCAGCAGGAGCACACAGAGCACAUUCAGAGCCUCAAUAUGAUUGAAAGCCAGAUGGAGCCCUCACAGACCGAGCCAGUGCACGUAAUUACACUGUCUAAGGAAACCCUGGAACAGCUUCAUGCCCACCAAGAGCAAACAGAGGAGCUCCGUCUAGCAGCAAGUGCUUCAGAUCCAGCUCAGCACCUGCAGCUGACACAGGAGCCUGACCCGCCUCCACCCACUCACCACGUGCCCCAGCCAACACCACUUGGCCAGGAGCAGAGCUGAGCUGGGAACAUGUUUGACUGCUCCUCAGGAGCCUCGCCUGAGCCAGCUAGAACAAGAUGGCAAAUGCUUAGAGUCAAGCUCUCUAGCACACCACCUUACAGAUCCUUAUGUGGAUGUCAUAGCCAGAAGACAUUUAUAAUAUGCUCUGUUGGUACAGUGAAGCGUGCGUGCGUGCGUGUGUGUGUGUGUGUGCAGUACUUAUUUGUAUUUAGCAUUUCAAUAUUGAUGAGCGGUUUUUAUUUUCAUCUACUGUAUCUCAAAGACUAGGGCAGUGUUUGAUUUUUCUUUGAAGGCAUUGAUUUAGACUUUUUGGUAAGUAUUAAAGAUUCCCAGCCAUGGGUUGUCAUCUUGACCUUUACAGUUACAUUUUUUAGAACAAAGGAAGUCAUGUGUUGGUUGAAUUGGCGACAGUGGUUGGUUCUACUUCUUUAUUUCUCUUGGGCAGCACAGUGGCCAGUCUGAGAUAUGUUAGGGCACCUAUGACAGUUCACAACAUUUAAGAGAUUUUUAAUAACUUCUAAUCCCUAAAAAGGUAUCUUUUGACAUUUCAUCUUUGUAUGCUGCAGUGGACUAAUCAUGUCAUGCUUAAGGUAGAUUCAAACCCAUAGGAACUAUAGUCAGCUCAAAGUUGAAAAAACAGGAAAACCAAAAAUAUACUUCUUUUAAAUUCUGAAUUCAAUGUUUCUGCAAAGCAUGGAUAUACAUAUUUUUUUAAAUGUAGGCUGUUGACUGAAAGUGUGACUCAAGUGGUAGAGUGCCUGCCUAGCGAGCACAAAGCCCUGAGUUCAAACUCCAGUACCACAGAAAAAAAAAAAGCAGGCCACUGAAAUUUUAAUUAAAAGUUCAGUAAAAAUAUGAAAGUGGAUCUGAACAUUCAACCAAAAUAAAACUGAAUUUUAUUAGGCAUGAUACUUGAGCAUGAAGUUAAAGUCGUCUUAAUUAUCCUAGAACAUAAAAUUUUGUUCACUAUGACUUGUGUUAAAUAUACUCUAUUGAAUUAUAAUUAAUCCCUGAAAAUACUGAUUUGUACUGUAUCUGAUGACUUUUUGGAGAUUGAAAUUUGCUAUCAUCUAUUUUUAUUGCAGGCUAAGUUAAAUCCCACACAUAAUUUUUAAAAGCAAAUAUCUUUUCCUAAUCUUAAAAAUAAUUUUGAGCCUCAGAGACUUAAUAGCUAGCAUAUGUCUAUAAUUGUGAGGUUUUAAAUGAUUAUCAAAAGAUUAAAUUAUGUUUGGGUCAUGUUUUCAAGUUCCGUGUAUUGAAUUCUUCAACUGCUUUUUCUUACAGAAACUGGUAGAGGGGAUAUUUUAGAAAAGAGCGUGGUUGCUAGCGUAUCUCAGGUAACAGUGGUGGUAGAAAG